AUGUCAUUGAGACAUCGAGUCGUUGAUUUGUACAAAAACUUGUAUCACAUGGGAAAAGAAUAUCCUGGCGGUUCGAAAUGGUUUCAUGAUCGUCUCAAACUGGCGUUUUCAAAAAAUAAAGAAGUUCGAGAUGAGGCCCAAAUCGAGCAACUUAUUGCACGGGGCGAAUUUGUAAUUAAAGAAAUCCAAGCAUUAUAUUCGCUUCGAAAGUAUCGCGCAAUGAAACAAAGAUACUACGACAAAGACGACGAAGUCAUGCAAGCCACAAAAAAAUUCGAAGAUUCCGUCCAAAAACUCUAA